AUGCUUGGCUAUGCCUUUCUCCUAGCACUCACGAUCUGGUAUUUAACGACGUAUCUUCUGUCCCCGCUACGCAGUUAUCCCGGUCCCUUUCUCGCAGGCUGGACGAAUCUAUGGCGCAUGCUACAUGUUCGCCAGGGAAAGUAUCAUGUGGUCAUCCACGAGCUGCACAAGAAGUACGGCCCAGUGGUGCGCAUCGGGCCCAACGUGCUCGACCUGGAUAUCCCCGAGUUGAUCAAGACAGUUUACAAUAUCAAAUCGGAGUAUUUGAAGACCGAGUUUUAUCAUGGCAGCAGUGCUAAAAACAACGGCAAAAUCAUCUACAAUCUCUUCAGCGAGUGUAACCCUAAAUUACAUGCACAGCAGAAGCGACCCGUCUCGAAACAUUACUCCCUGGCCGGGGUGCUUACGCUGGAGCCCCAUAUCGAUGACAUGAUUUCCUACUUUUGUCAACGCCUGGAGGAGAAAUUCAUCGAUGGAUCCAACCCAACUAAGACAUGCGACCUAGGCGAAUGGAUUGCGUAUUAUACCUGGGACGUGGUUGGCAAUGCCACAUUUAGCCAGCCCAUUGGAUACCUGGAACACGGGUAUGACUUUGACAAUACCCUGCACAUCGCGAAUGUGGCCAUGGACUACUUCUCCCUCGUGGGACAGGUGCCAAUUCUGGAUUAUUUGUUGGACAAAAACCCCGUCUACAGAAUCGGCCCGCCAUCCUUCGGGACCGUCGCCAACAUAUCAAUCCAGCACCUCAUGGACCGACUUCAGAACAAGGACACCCACUACCAUGACCCCAGCAAGCCUGACUUCCUAGACAAAUUCAUCGAGGCCAAGGAGAAAUCCCCAGACGCAGUGGGUGACUCCCAAAUUAUCUCGUAUCUGAUGAUCAACCUGAUUGCGGGAGCCGACACAACCGGCAUCACCAUUAACGCGGCAUUGUACUUCUCCUUGAAACAUCCUCACGUUUGGGAACGUCUCAGAGCCGAGAUUCCCGCCUAUGACCAUACCACUGGAAACACGGUGGUAUCGUACAAAUCCGCCAGGCAGUUCCCAUACCUAGAUGCCGUGGUACGGGAAGCCAUGAGAUGUCAUCCCGGUGUCGCCAUGCUCAUGGAGCGAUACGUCCCAGAGGGUGGGCUUGCCCUCCCCGAUGGAAGUCUCGUUCCUGCAGGGUCUAUAGUUGGCAUGAACCCCUACAUUUUGGGACGCAAUACGUCUGUCUGGGGCGAAGAUGCCGAAGAAUUCCGUCCGGAGAGAUGGCUUCGCGAUGAGAAACGGGAGACAGAAGAUGCGUUCCAGGAACGUUUGCUGUCAAUGAAUAAGGCUGACCUCGCUUUUGGCGGUGGAAGCCGUAUUUGUAUCGGGAAGCAUCUUGGUCUGCUGGAGGUGUAUAAGGUGAUUGCAACUCUUGUGUCACGGUAUGAUAUCCAGCUGGCCCAUCCAGAGAAGGAUUGGAUGACGCACAAUAGCUUUUUUGUGCGACAGACGGGUAUUGAGGUGAACCUUACUCGCCGGAGCUGA